GUGGAGACUAGCACCAUCCGAAUUCACCACCGCGCGGCCGAUGAACCACACCAGCAGCAGUCAACAUGGCUGCUUCUGCUGGCGGAUUCUCAUCGGCUGCGAUUGCAGAGUUGAUUCCCUCAAAGUCUGAAGUGGUGCAGAAAGCUCUUCGACCAAGGCGGAUGAACAGCGCCCCACGAGGUGAUGUGUCUCACACGCGUCGUUGGCCGCUGCCCUGCACAGCGGAGCCACGGCUGGUGGUGCGCCCUGCAGCUGCAACGCGCAAGACCUCCUCGUCACUUCCUGCACUGACCUUGGCCUGGCCUACAAGAUCUAGCAGGAGCAAGAGUGGAGGCAGACUUCGAUCUGGAAGUGCACCCAUGGCCAGCAGAGCGUGGCAUGAGGCACAGCUUGGCCCCACGGGGCGCAGUAGUGCUUUGCUGGGCAGGUCAGCAGAACCUCAAGCAGAGACGGAGCUCUGUGCUGAGGAUCCUCUCUCGCCAACUUCAACAGGAAACCAAGAGGCCCGCUUUCACGUCGAGCUCAAGCGUGUGAGCUCUGAAGUGGAUGAGGUGCAUCGGCGGCAAUUGUCGACGAGAAGGCAUUUGGAGCAGGUGAAGAGAGAGUUGUCCAGUGAUAGCGACAUGAACCUCAAGGCCAUUGCUGCUUACCAAGAGAAGGUGAAUUCAGUGCGAGCCGAGGUUGCUACUUUGGUCGACAACUUUAGGAGUGAGUGGGAAACCUUCCAGCCUGUCAACGAAGAGUUGCAGGUCUUGGCGGCAGAGACCGAUGUUCUCACUGAAAGAGAUCAGCGCAUGUCGGAGCUGUUGGAGCGGAUGUCCAGGAAGUUGGACUUCUUUGAUGAGACCUUGGGGAGCAAUUUGCAGCGCUGGGGUUGACCGCCAGCGUGCUCGAGACUUGUGGCUGGAGCGGUCAUCGAAAAUGACUAGUUCCUUGCCUGAGCCGCAUAUUUAUAGAUGGUGGUGCUUGAAAGUUAGAUGCACGCAGAAGGGGCUGUAGAUG